CUUCGUUUGGAGUGCGGAGCCAUUCAUUUCCCCCCUUAAAAAUGUUCUACACAGCAAUAUUGCGUAUACUUCAAAGUUGGCGUUUGUAGCAACAACAGCAAUAUCAUCAGGUAGACACAUAUGGAUUAAUUUUGCAUAACAAAUUCACUACACUGAGUUUGUGUGAGAUCUUAUAUGUAGCUGUGAAGAUUUUCAGUCAUAAAUAUUUAUAAUUCUGUGGUGAUACACUGUUGUGGCAAGAUAAAUACUAGUAUAGUAUUGGCAUAUUUUAAUUAUUACUAAUAUUUAUCAUAUUCGCGAAACCAGUUGUGGUGUAUUAAGGGCAAUGAACUCUUGAACAUUGAGAUAUCAAAGAAAGCUGUUGAUCUUUUCGAACGGGCGAAUAUAUGCGAUCUUAGAGCUAUUGGUAUAAGCGCCGCCGGCAUUUUUCUUUUUAUAGUACACCAAUACUACGAAUAGAUGGCUGCCUAAUAGUAAGAGGCAUACAAGAAUCCACUGAUCGUAUGAACCGCAAAUCUCAAAGUCAGCGAUUAUGUUACGAAAAAGUACCUGUAUAGUUAGGACAUACAAAACAGUUGUAAGUGUGAAUGCCAUCGGAAGCAAUAGGUACCGCAUAAACUUUUGAAGCAAAGACUGUGCGCACGCCAUUGACGUGUCAAAAUUUUACAAGAAAUUUUAUAGCAUUGUAGCUAGGCAUAGUAUAAAAUAUUACCAUGGCGAAAAUGGUUCCAGAUGUCGUAAUUUGCGGUUUUGUUAUUACCGCGCUGCUGGUGAUACACUUCUUUUCAGACAUUUUGCGCCUCUCUUUAGGCGGCUACUACACACAUGCGACACUCUCACAGCUCGUGGAAUCCCAUUCCAAUAAGGAGUAUUCUUGGUUGUUGAAACUGUUGGCCAAUUGUUUUGGCUAUAGUUGUGUUUUUGUACCUGGUUAUCUUAUUUAUAAAUAUGUUGGAAGCACAAAAUACUUGGAACGGAGUGAGAAAACUUGCAUAUACACAGCGGUCAGCAUGUGCAUCACUGGCACUCCCGGUACUGAGCUCGACUACUCCGAAUCCAUGGAACGCAAACCAAUGGAACCAUUGCCAACCACAAAUGGUGCAAAAACCCGUACGAAAUCUCAAGAGACUUUGCUGCUAGGCUGGUGUUUUGGUGGGCUUAUGAUCUCAUAUCUAACGUGGGGUGUGCUGCAGGAAAAAAUCAUGACACAACAAUAUUUCAAUUCCGAUGGUCAACCAUCACAUUUCAAAGACUCACAAUUUCUUGUCUUUUGCAAUCGUUUAUCUGCGUUUACAUGUGCUAUGGUCACUUUACGCAUUAAACGUCCAGCCGGUCGUCAUUGUACACCACUCUAUAAGUACUCAUUUGCAUCUUUCUCGAAUAUAAUGAGUGCUUGGUUCCAAUAUGAAGCCCUCAAAUUUGUGAGUUUUCCCACGCAAGUGCUGGCGAAAGCAUGCAAAAUCAUACCUGUGAUGUUAAUGGGUAAAAUAAUAUCAAAAAACAAAUACGAUUGGUAUGAAUACGUGUCAGCUAUAUUGAUAUCAUUAGGAAUGAUAUUUUUCAUGACCGGUUCGGCAAGUGGCACCAAGGCAAGCAGCGUGACCACAUUCACGGGCAUUUUUCUGCUCACCAUGUACUUAACUUGUGACAGCUUCACAGCAAAUUGGCAGGAUGAUCUAUUCAAAAACUAUGAAAUGUCAUCACUGCAAAUGAUGGCUGGUGUGAAUCUCUUCUCCACCAUAUUUACAGCGACAUCGUUAUGGGUACAAGGCGGUUUCAUGGAUUCCCUGGCGUUUGCCAGUGAGCAUCCCAAAUUCAUAAUUGAUGCACUCACAAUAUCCAUGUGCUCGGCAGUGGGUCAAUUAUUUAUUUUUUAUACAAUAUCAGUGUUUGGUGCAGUUGUAUUUACGAUCAUCAUGACAUUACGACAGGCCUUUGCUAUAUUGCUGUCGUGUUUAAUCUACAAACACAAAAUAUCGGUACUGGGUAUUUUCGGUAUAUUGGUUGUGUUCUUUGCGGUCUUCAUGCGUUCCUAUGGCAAACAACGCAUGAAAGCCAUACGUAAGCGUGCGGAGGCGCAUAAACCGAAAAUGGCAGCGUAGUUGGCACAAUUGGUUGUUGUACCCAACGAAACGAGCGUUUGUAAUGGUUGUAGUGACGCUAGUGUGUAUGCCGGUAGCAUUACUUAACAAAACGAGAGGCGCAAAUCUGCAUAAAACGAAGCUUUAAGUAAGCUAAUUUAAUUAGUUAACUCCUCUGGCAGCGAAAGGGGAGCUCAAAAUGUUACUCCUGACUGUUAUAUCUUUACAUAAAAUUGUCACUCUUAAAUGUAUAAAUGUCUAAUAGCUUGCAACUUUUAAUUAUAUUCACUUUAUAAAUUAUUUAUA